AAUUGUAGCAACGUUGACGGUAGCACUGGUUGGAAGAAACUGAAACCUAUGGAGAGCAAUUAUGACAUUCGCCUUCCCUCGACAUGCACGAAGACCAUUCUUACAUACCGGCAUAUACACCUUUUGUCUUAUCUCCCCCCUUCUAGAACAUUAGUCAUUAUGGCACCAAGGUUUCACAGGCCUUGUACAAUGGCUUAUGGACAGACUAUGCUCCGAUCGAAUCGCGUCGCUUUUUAUAGCGCUUCGCCCAGAUUUUCCCACUCUCGGGAAAACGAGGUAAUGUCACCCUAAUUGCACUAGUAGACUUCAUAAACCGAAGACGAUAUCGUUUCAAAUAUAAUGACAAGUCCUCUUUUUUCUUUGUCAUUUUUUUUGUAAAAAAAAUCCGUCCUGUAGAUCAAGAUCGGUUAAAAUAUCUUGCAAGAUUUUUUUUCUGCGUUAAAAUCGAUGUAUUAAAAAAGGGUUCUCAAAGUUUUCGUCUGAAUAGAUGCAGACUCGACGCGGAUUAGCGGGAGAGUUAAAUCCGAGUGACAGAUCAACAAUUGAUUCAAACGACGACGAUAAUGAAACGUCGUCAAUGACGAACGAGAUGAUUGGCAAGGUUCUCUUGCGCAAUAAUCCCUGUCGAUCAACGUGAAAACAAACCGCUGCUCCGAUACCGCGACUCCUUUCAUUGACACACUCCACACUCUUGUGGCGGUGCGCUGUGAAGUGGCAAUGGCGUAGACGUCGGCGUGGUGAAGUUACGACGUACCUUCACGCUUCGCUGCCUUGACCCUGCGUAUUUCUUCUGCUGGAAGAUAGAGAUUACCUUGAUCGUUUCGAGGUGCGAGUCUCCAACGUUGCUGUCAAUCUUUAAAAUGCAUAUCGCGGAAGAUCUUUGAAGAAUUUCGCUUCAACUCGAAAAUUCGGAUCAAGUAGCACCCUCCACGAUGAUGAAGUUCAUGCAACAGCUGUUGCUGCUCCGGCUGGCUAACCACGAAAGUUGUUCGUCCUGGUUUUCGCAGUUUUUCACGUCCGCUUUAGAGUUACUCAGAUGACUGUGUCUAGAUUAGCCCGCGGCAUCAGCCGCCAAGCGAUCCGUCAGCCCCCAGCGAGAGGUGCCCGCGGGGCACAUCUCGCUUUCACUUGGCUUGGUCUCGCGCGUGGGCCACGUGCAUUGGAGAACUCCGCACGCGGUGGAUGUAUGUCGAGUACGGCGAUGCACCGAACCGAUGUGCCUGAGGAAGAGGAAGAAGGAGGGACCAGGCCACGGUGUUUCGCGCACGCAAUCGCCGAUCGGGCCGAUAGCGGUUACGCGAUCGCGAGAUCGCGUCUCGUUAAAUCGGUACCGCUCGUCCGCGAUCGAGACCCCCUGGUGUCACGGCGCCCCUCGAGAUUAGCACCCAAGUACAACCUGCCUUGUCCUCGUCGUGACUCGCCGAUGACGCAACGCAUAAAUACACGCCACGGGGAAUCGAACCGGUGGCUUCUAGUCCUACCUCUGCUGCUGCUGCUGCUCUUCUUCUUCUUCUUCUUCUUCGUCUUCUUCUUCUUCUUCUCCGAGAAGAGCAGUCUUCAAAGAGCGGUGGUCCCGGAGGCAGCUCCUUGAUCGGUACGGCUCCGAGAUCG